GCCGAGAUGCAUCCAGAGCAUUUGUGACUGGAGACUACACUGAAGCAGGCCUUGUGGAUGAUGUAAUUGAUCUGUCCUUCUCUGAGAUGCUGAUACUUCAAAAUUGGCUUUUAUUCUAUGAGAAGAAUUAUGUUUUUGUUGGAAGGGUGAUAGGAAGGUUCUAUGGAGAAGAUGGGCAGCCAACCCCAGAACUGAUUCAGGUGGAAGCCAUGAUGGUCAAAGGCCUGGAGGCAAAUAAAUGGGAACAGAAAGAGAAGCAGAAGUUCCCACCCUGCAAUGCUGAGUGGAGUGCCACCAAGGGUAGCCGGUUCUGGUGUUCCCAAAAGAGAAAAACUCACCAAGGAGACCUCUUUUUUUCUGUCCAUAGUGGAGGUGUGAGCAGAGACUGGAUUGGCGUCCCCAGAAAACUAUAUAAGCCAGGAGCCAAGGAACCCCGCUGUGUUUGUGUGAGAACAACCGGCCCCCCUAGUGACCAGCUGCCUGACAACCCUACACACACAAAUCGUGGGGACUUGGAUGACCCCAACUUGGGGGAAUACACAGGCUGCCCGCCUCUGGCCAUCACAUGCUCCUUCCCACUCUAAGCUGACACCCUGAAUCUUGAUAACACAGGGAACCCUGCCGAGAACUUAUGCUCCUGUGUCCUAGGAUGGCCCCUGGCAUGAGACAGAAAGGUCUUGAAGGAAUCUGACCACAUCCUGCAAAUGUGCCUCACCAUGGGCUCCCCAUUCUGGUGACAGGCAAGAGAUUGGCAGCCAGCCUCAUACUUGUCUGCCUGUUCUGACACUAUUACCCCUAGGCCUAUUUGUGACCUUCCUUCAGAGCCCUCAGAAAUUAAUGGGCACAGAUAUGACCAAUUCAGAAAUAAUGGGAUAAACAAGGGGAAAGCUCUGAGUUUUCUUUCCUGUGGACUCCCAAGCUGCCUAAUCAGCUGCCAGCCUGGGCCCUGCCCAUAACCCCAGCUCUGUCAGCAUCUGAAGCAGUGGCAGAAAGGGGCAGUGUCUCAGCAGAUACAACCCAAGAAACUGUGCACGUUAACAGCACCAGCGGAAGGAAGAACACUUGUGAUCACUGACUUUCAUGACUUUUCUUCUGACUUCCACCCCAAGGCAAACUUGAAUUUACAACCCAAAGCCCGUUGGCUUGAUUAGAGCUCCUGCAAUAAGCAUGGAUAAUAAAAUGGGGUAGGCCAAUUCUGGAAUUGGAAAGUUUUUGCACAUACAUGGCUGCAGCAAAUCCAUGUGUCUCUGAACAAAAUAACAAUUUAAAGCAAGGAUAUUCUUUUAAACACUUAAAAUCAGGUGUGGUGUGUUUAUAAUGGGAGAAGUCUGCAUAGUGAUUGAAAGGUAGUUUUGCUAUAAAGUUAAGUGGUUAGCCUAACAUCAGCAUCUAGGCAAGACUGCAAAUGUCAUUGCAAAGAGCCCUGACUCAAAGUGGCUGGGCUUGCAACCUCUCCAGCAGUGUGUAUGUCUAAGGUCAUCUGUAAUCACCUACACUUGACAAAUUUCAUACUCUGUUACCUUUUUUUUUUUUUUUUUUUUUUUUGAUGCUGGGGAUUGAAUCCAUGGCCUUGUGCAUGAGAGGCAAGCACUUUACCAACUGAGUUAUAUCCCCAGCCCUCUCAGUUAUUUCUUGAAUUCUUAUUAAAUAGAUGAGGGCAAGGAAUGUUUCUGGUUCACAGAUAAGGACAUGAAGACUGAUGCUGUUACAGGUUGUGGGCUUGCCUUAUCUGAGCCUUCCCCUCAGCUCUCUCUCCAUCCCCACCCCAGGCCUACCCCACCUAGACCUGUACCUCUUCCUGUCUCUUGCCCUUCCCUUUGAGUAUGCAUUAAAGAGGUCACUUCUAUGACAUCACAAAUAAAACACUGUCCCUCAACCCCAUGGUAGUGGGUAAUUAUCAAACCUACUUCCUCUUACAGCCAAGCAUUUUGAAAGAAUAGCUUAUACUCAGGAUAUUUGUUUUUCAACCCUCAUUUGCUAUGUAGCAGUCACCUGCCUUCUCUACUCAGUAGCAAGAUCAAUUCUGUACUGGUAAACACCAUAGUCACAGUCAAUUCUUAUCUACCUUGAGCUCUUGACCCUGUUGACCAUAAGGUCCUCCAUGGAACCCUUUUAGCUUUAUCCUGGUUUCCUUUUCUCCCUCUGACUCUUCCUUCUCAGUCUCCUUGAACACCUGGCCUCCUCCAUGAACCUCUUUCUACUGGCUCUCCUCCCUCCUAUUUCAGCAGCCACUUUUACUGCCAGGCUGUACCUCCAGAAUGAGCAGCUUUCCAGUCUUCCCCGUUUUUGAUACUGUUUUCAUCAUUCCACCCACAGCCCUUGUUCUCCAGGAGAGCUGCACCUCCAUCUCCACCUGACCCCAAGAAAAAGUCCUGGCAAUUGGUCAUAGCUCCUUCCUCCCUCCUUCCCACCACUCUCCAAAUCCUGCAAGUCCUACUUCCUCAGUUCUCUUGCCAUUCCUGUAUCUAUUCCUGAACUAUUCUGGAACUACUGCAGGAGUCCACACUCCUUCCUCCACACUGCUGCAAGUCAUCUUUCCUUGCGAUGACAGGGCUCACCAUACCCCAUAGAUGUAGAGGACUACAUCUAUGAGGACUAAGUGCCAGAUCUCCAGAACCUGCAAAGGUGGCUUUUCUGUGGCCUAUCUCCUUCUAGUCCCUGUAUCUCCUGUAUCCUCCCAUGUACAUCUGCUCUCCAGCCUUCCUCUCAAAGUAUUAUGCCUACAAUGCCUUCACACAUGUGGUUUCCUCUGCCUAGAACAAUAUCUUCUCUGCUUUUUUCUUCAAAAUCCAGCCUCUCUAGGAUGCCUUCAUUAACCACUGGCCCAGAGGCUGGAUUUAAAUGCAUUUGCCCUAAGUUCCCAUAGCACUCUGUUCACUCCCAUAAGAAUAUAUCAGUGUGCUUUAGCCAUGCAUUUCCUAUCAGCCUCUUUUCAGUGGGUCACACUCUUUGAGGACAGAAGCGCAGGUUCUUCAGCUUUGUACACACAUAUUCACAGUCCUCAACAUGUGGCAAGGGCACAGGGUUAGAUCUAUUUUGGCAAUGAAGCAACUAAGGCCCCCUAAAACUUAAGAUGCCAGAGCAAUGCAGCUGAGCCUGGAAUUUGGUUUUUGACUCCUGAUUCAGUGCUAUUUCCAUUCCGCCACUUUUUUGCAUGUCUGCUCUCCUUGGGGCAGAAGCAGAAAGCAGGAGAGCUGAAAUUAGGACCUUGUUCUGAGUUUCCCACAGCUCUGAGGUCAGUGCCUGAGGCUCCUUCAAUUCCAGGUUAACUGGAAACUAAUCACUCCUUUGGUCAUUCAGCAAGUACCAUUAAGACCUUACUAAGUUCUUACGAAAGCCGGGUGAUGUGGUGCAGGCCCUGUAAUCCCAGUGGCCUGGAGGCUGAGGCAGGGAUUUCUCAAGCCAGCCUCAGCACCUCAGUGAGACCCCAUCUCAUUAAAUAAAUUACAAAAUAGGGCUAGGGGUGUGGCUCAAUGGUUGAGUGUGCCUUGCACCAGAAGAAAAAAGAAAAAAAAAUCUUACUAAGGGAGAGGCAUUGAAUUGCGUGAGGAUAGGGGAAAGUGAAGAUCCUAGCCUCUGGGACUUACUGUAUGGUGGAGGAGCCAGAGGCCAUUCUUGGGCAGGAGUGCAGGGAUAGUGUGAGGGACAAGCCCAGAGAUGUGUAGACCCUUCAAAACAAACUGCAAAAGGAGCAAAACAGGUGUCUUUAGUGGACUUUGGCAGAGUCUAGAAGGUGCCUGGUCUCUGACUGAAGCAAAACUUCUGAACCCACGUUCCAGGACAAAUUGGCCAGCCUUGGGCACCUGCUCAGUUCCUUGUUCAAUGAGAGCUCAUUUCUCCUUUGCUGCCAACCACUUACUUAGUGGUAAAGAACUUCCCUCAUGUUAGAGCAAAUAAUUCAUGAUUCGAAGGGCUCUGUCAUAAGCUGGUGAUUAAUGGAGAAAUGCCUCUUCUCUUUCCAGUAAAUGUAACCCUGGGCAAAACUGCAGAGAAGGGCAGUCCCUUCCUGAUGGAAGCCACAGAAAGUCCAGCUUAGGCUGAGCACUCAGUUAGAUUUGAGGGAAGUAGAAGAAAAUGUAUUGGGCAACUGUGCCAGGCUGUGCCCUGUGCAAGGAGCUUUGUUCUCAUUUAAUCUCCAUGUCAGCCUUGAGAGGUUUCCAUUUUAUGGCCCAGAAAAGAGGGAUAAAGUUCUCUCCAUCUUUUACUAGAGGUAGAAUUUCCUUAGCUACCAUACCUGCUUCCUACCACACAGCCAUUAUAUAGCUGUUAUCAAUGAUUAAAGUAGCCAUCAAGUUGACAGAACUGAGCUUUUUUUUUUCCCCCACACCAGUGAACAGUGUCAAAAGAAAAAGGCUGGGCAACUGCUGGCCAACAUGUUGAAGGUAAUCUCAUCACCUGCCUUUCAAUUCUGAGAAUUCAGUUUGCUAUGAACACAAAACUAAGAGGAGCCUGGAUUUAAAAAAAAAAUUUUUUUUUAGUUGUAGAUGGACACAACAAUACUUUUAUUAUUUAUUUAUUUAUUUAUAUGGUGCUGAGGAUCAAACCCAGUGCCCCACGCAUGCAAGGCAAGCAAGCUACCAUUGAACACAACGCCAGCCCUAAGUCUGGGUUUUUUAGUGACAUCUCAGUCACUGUAUAAUGAAGCCUGUCAAAACCCCCAUCUCAUCUCUUGCUUUGCUCUAGGAAAAGCUGGUAACUAAAACCUCAAUCCCACAGAAAGGUUGGGGCUGUGUCCCUCUGAGGGCAACCCUGAGCUGGACCCCUCUCCCUUGAGACUGUGCUGUUCUGCUAGAGGCCCCAGAUUUGGUCAAGUGGGCAGCAGAGAGAGAUUGCAGCCAUCAACCUCCUCCAGAGGCCCUAGGGUGAGAACACGAGAACCUGUGUGCUUGGAAGAAAGGAAGGACAUAUUAAUGACUACUGAUCAUUUUCCUCCGGGCAGACUUGUGAGCUAGGAAAGACUCUGGUCACCUCAAUUAUAUAGACAGGGAAACUUAGGCACAGAAAUUAUGCAGCUUGCCCAAUACUAUCAGCGAAUCAAUGACAAAGCAGAAGUAAAGCCCAGUGCUCUUUCCUGGUUGGGCAAAAACAUGAAAGUCAACAUCCACCAGGCUGCUAAUUGUGCUACACAUCAGUGACAGGGUGAUUAUCUUCAAGGACAGCUACUAGAAUUACUUGGGAUUGUUGGGCAUGGUGGCACAUACCUGUAAUCUCAGCAGCUCAAGAGGCUGAGGCAGGAGGAUUGCAAGUUCAAAGCCAGCCUCAGCAACUUAGCAGUCAUAAGCAACUUGCAAGACCCUGUCUCAAAAAACAAAAAGGGCUGGGGAUGUAGCUCAGUGGUUAAGCACUCCUGGGUUCAAUUCCUGGCACAAAAAAAAUUAUUACUUGGGAUUAAGUGGAAGUUCUUAAUAGUGCCUAUUAACCAUAAGAGAAUACAUUGGAGAAUAAGGUGUAUCAAAACUGGUUGGAACUGGGGGUUAAGCAAAAUGAAAGGUAAAGAAAGGGAAUACAAUGUUAGUGCAAUAAAGUGUUUUGAGGGCCAGGUGAGCUACUAGAUUUGUACAGGGGUUUUAUGAAUCACUAAAUCUUAAUUUGUAAGCCCCUAAGCCUUCUAUAGUUUGCUCUGAAGCUGGUGGUGCCAGACUUCCCUUCAAACCUUGAAUGGAUCUCCUUGAGUUGCUCCUAAAUAAUGGAACCAGAGGGGUUAUUUUCAGGAUCCUUUGAGGAAUUUCCAUGGGAUCAGGAACUGGGAUUAUGCAACUUCAACCACACCCAUUGCCAUGCACUGAAAAGUCUGGACCCAGAGCACAGAAGUUCAGGCAGUUGCUUGCUUUCCCUGAAAUAGCUACUUUCUGACUUGUUAUCACCAGUAUGUUUCUGGAAAAAUGUUGGAAUUCAAAUGUUCCUAGAGGAUAGCUGUUAAAAGAAAUUUAUUCACAUGUCAAGAGGUUUUUGUUUGUUUUUAAUGCUUAUUGGUACUUCUGCAUUAGAAGUAACUACAAAUGUCUUAUUAAAGUUUCCACUUGAAAUGCACAA